UUCAGAAACAAAUUAAAUUAGUUUGGUUUAAUGUACAAAUGGAACGUUCAUAGCAGCUGCUGCUACUACUUUAAGUCUCUAAAACAAUCAAUGACAAACAAGGGAAAUAAACUGGUUAACUUGAUUUAAUUCUAACAUUACUGUUGUUUUGUAGGUACCAACUUUUCUUAAAAUUUGGUUUGGUCCAAGUUCCUCAGGAUGACCAAAUUGGUCUGCUUUUGAUCUCAUCUUUGAUUUUUCUUCAACAUGUCACUAUAUAUAUAAGCCCCUCAAGCUUUUCUUUCAUAUCACUUAAUUUCCUUUGUAGAAAAAGAAAAAAAAAAAACCAAAAAUGGGGAUAAGUAGAAUUUCAUUGGCAACAUUCUUCUGUCUCAUUGGCUUAGCAAUAGUUCAACUCUCCCAAGCCCAAAACUCCCCACAAGACUACCUCAAUGCUCACAAUGCUGCUCGUGCAACGGUUAACGUUGGCCCCAUGAAAUGGGAUGAUAAAGUGGCAACCUUUGCAAGCAACUAUGCCAACCAACGUAAAGGAGACUGCAAACUUGUGCACUCUGGUGGCCCUUAUGGCGAAAACCUUGCAGGGAGCAGCGCUGAUCUUUCGGCAACGGCUGCCGUGAACAUGUGGGUGGCGGAAAGGCCUAAGUAUAACUAUAACUCUAAUUCAUGUGUUGGUGGGGAGUGCAGGCACUACACGCAGGUUGUAUGGCGCAACUCUGUUCGUCUAGGGUGUGCCAAAGUACGCUGCAAUAAUGGCGGUACUAUCAUCACUUGCAACUAUGAUCCUCCAGGCAACUAUGUCAAUCAGCGUCCUUACUGAUUUGGAGAUUCUAGCUAUCCAAAGUUAAUCUCUAAUGAAAGUUAUACUACUAUACAUGAGAGCUUUUGAAUGUUAAUUCUUACAAUAAAAUAAGUAUGUAUGUUUUUAAACAAAAACUCAUGUAUUAACGAUUAGCAAUAAAACGGAUAUGAUAAUUUGCUUAA